AUGUCAAUCAAUGCAAUUAAUAUAAACUAUCAAAGAUUGCCAACUCGGCAACAUAUCACUGAAAUCAAUUAUACCGGUAGAAGUUUUUCCAGAAAAAGAAUCAAUCAUGAAAUAGAAAAACUUAGGACUAGAAUUCCAAAUAAAAAAUUUCAAGUUCUUCUUCCUUAUGAGCAGUGGAAACCUGGCUCAUGGUUUGAGGAUGGAGAAGAUAUAUCAUUAUUUUCAUUGCUAGAUCGUUAUGAUGAGUCCCAAUUGCCAGAAGGUGGAGGAGAUCCUGGAUCUUAUAACCGAUUUAUUAUUUACAUGAUGGAUCCUCCAGCAUUAUCAGGUGGAUGUAAUGCCAAAAAAGACAGCGCUUUGGGUUUACAAAGGAAUGAAGCAGUUCCAGUAGAACUUAUUGAAAAAGUAGAAAGAUUAGUUAAAACUAUUGCUAUUAAUAUAGUUGGAGAUUUUACCCAAAUUUCCAAAAAUACCACUCAUUGA